AGGGUGCCGGUGCGGCCAAUGGCAGCCGCGUUAGGACUGGCACAGAUCCAACAGCAAUACUGAUGAGCGUCGCACCGGCAGAAAACUAUGCCUCCGAAUCCGCGAGUGACAAGUUGGGAGAGAAGCCGCCCAGGCGCUCCGUAGGAGGCGCUGGCGUGGUCCUUGUUAUCCCGGAGAAGAGGGAGGGCUUUCUGAAGCGCACCCUGGUGAAUUGGUCGCAGAAACUCAGGCCACUCUUGGAGAGCUUUGCAUUCAGGGUGACGCUGGUGGCAUGUUUAAUCUUCGCGUUAUUCGGAGGAGGCCUGUUUGUUGUUUUGGACGUGCCGGAUGAUCCGGGAAUUCCCAUCCUGGAUACUCUGAUGACCAUUGUGAUGGUGCUUUUCAUUCUUGAAAUGAUCAUCAAUGGCAUCGUGGACUAUAAGACCUAUCCAUUGUCCUUCUUUUUCUGGAUGGACGCGCUGGGCACGGUGUCCAUGAUCUUCGAGAUCUCCACGCUGCUGGGCAGCGGCGGGAAAAUGCAGACUGCCGCCGGCUCUGUGGACGCAAUGCUGAUCCGCACGGCCCGGGCGGCCAAGGUGGGAGCACGAGUCGGGCGCCUCUCGAAGUUGAUGAAGUGCAUCAGCUACUACCUGAAAGACAAGGACAAGAAGAUGGACCUUUCGGGCAAGAACCCGGCGGAAGCGAAGAAGCUCUCCGGGCGGCUCAUGAUGACGCUUUCCACGAAGGUGUCUUUGCUCACGAUCUUGCUGGUGCUUGCCAUUCCGCUGUUUUCGAUUGGCCAGUAUCCAGAGCAGGACCUGUCGAUGUUGGUGUGGAUUGCAAAGCUGGAGCGAGAGUACAAGCGAGGCUAUGAUGAGAUAGUGGCCAGUUCUGGCUCAGUGAACACCACGAUGGUUUUCAAGGACGCGGUCGCCGAGAUGAUCGAUUUCUACAACCCUGCCACUGCAAACUACUUCCCGUACAAGAUGAAGGGCUUUCCCGAGCAGGUCAGCAUCAACAGCACCAGCGCCAACAUCCUCGGUGAGGCGCUGCUGGAGGCCAGGCUGGCGCCCACGCAGAUGGCCGACGUCUACCGCAUCUCGGUGCCGGCGUGCCAGGUCGAUCGUCCCGAAUGCCCAGCGCACCUGUACUUCAACUUCCACAACCCCCGCCGCAUCGAAGUGGCCCAGGACAUGGCCAUGGCAUUCUGCAUCAUCCUCCUGAUGAUUCUAGUGUCGGCCAAUCUCAAUCAAACGCUCCACAAGCUGGUGGUGCAGCCCAUGGAAAGCAUGCUUUCCGUGGUGAAGGAUAACGCGUCCCAGCUGUUGAAACAGUUCGGCUUGGAAGACGACAUGGACACCGCAGAGGAAGAUGUCGAGGAGACUGAACUUCUGGAGGGCAUUUUUAAGAAGUUCGCCCGCCUCGCAAGCCUGGCUGCUGGCCGGAACGAAGCGACGGCAGAGGAGCUGGCAGGUAUGGAUGAAUCAGCGAGGGGGGUGAUGAUGGAAAUGAUGAAUGUCCAGGUGUCUCCAGCAGUGGCUGCUCCAGAGCCCAACUCAAGCUCGCUUCGGACUAGUGCAGUUUCAGGCGCUCAGACUGGCUCGGAAGGACCUGAAAGCCCCGUUGCAGUCGUGACGGCUGUGGAAAUGCCGGACGUGCCGGUCAUUGCUUCUCUCCCUGUGUCCAGGGAUGUCAUUGAGUCUUGGGACAUGGACGUCCUGGCCUUGGACAGCGACGCACAGACCAAGGUGGCCAUCCACAUUUUCUUCGACUCCACGUUGGGAAAGAUUACUGGGCGGUCCUGGUCAGAGGCACUGACCUUCAAGCGCUUCCAUCAAGUGGUGAAAGCGGGCUACAAUGAUUUGCCGUAUCACAACUAUGCGCAUGCCUGCGAUGUGCUCCAUACGGUCUACCGGCUUCUUUGCCUGACGUCGGCCAAGACAUGGCUGAACAGUGUAGAUGUAUAUGCGCUGCUGGUGGCUGCGCUGUGCCACGACAUCGGGCACCAGGGUCGGACCAACCCCUUCCUCGUGGAGCUGUGUGAUGACCUGGCGCUGCGCUACAAUGACAAGUCGCCGCUGGAGAACAUGCACUGCGCGAAGCUCUUCGAGAUAGCGGCAAAGGAGGAGACAGAUGUCUUUAAGCAGAUGGACAAGGAAACAAAGAAGCAAGCCAGGCGGGUCUGCAUCGCAGCGAUUUUGCACACCGACAACGUCAACCACUUCGAGAUGGUUCGCGAGAUCAGCAAGAUCUACGAAAUGGCGUCUGACCUUUGUGACACUCAAGCUCGGACAGCUGACUUCAUGCCGCAGUACCUGGAACAGGUGAUGCAAAAGAACUCGCUGCAGUGGUUGGAGCUCUUCUUGCACUUCGCGGACGUGUCGAACCCUUUGAAGCCCUUUCCGAUCUGCAAGAAGUGGGCGUGGCGCGUGCUCGAUGAGUUUUUUGAGCAGGGCGACGAGGAGAAGCGGCUGAGCCUCCCAGUCGGCAUGCUGAACGACCGGGAGAAGAUCAAUCGGCCCGGCUCGCAGCACGGUUUCAUCCAGUUCCUUGUGGCACCGCUGGUCCACGGUACUGUCAAGAUCUUUCCGGAUCUGCAUCCUGUAUAUUCUCAAAUGGCGGAGAACCUGGGCGAAUGGAAGAAGCUGUGGGUAGAAGAAUGCAACCCAUCAGAAGAGGACAUUGCCAAGAAAGAGGCGGAUGUCGCCAAAAUCAAGGAUCAAGCGCUAGAGCUUGCAGCCCGAGUAGGUUGAGGCUAACGAGACUCUGUGCGCCUUCAAGAGGCGUCAUUGCGUUGUGAACCUUACUUGAUUCUGCCCAUGCUGCGAAACAGUGCAUGCAGGUUUGAUAUCUGCAAGGGGGUCAGCCAUCACA